AUGGAAACUACCCGCUGGGUUUGGGAGACCGCAUAUAAACCUACAGCAAACCUACAGAGGGUUGCUUACACGUGUGGUAUCUUGUCCGACAGGCAACUGCAGUUGACCGAUCUCACUGUGUCGGAACUGAUUCCAAGACUCCUCAGCGGCUACACCCCUGCCGUUGAAGUUACGGAAGCGUUCUGUGCACGCGCAGCAAUCGCUCAUCAGCUUCUCAACUGCCUUACAGACUUUUUCCUAGAAGAGGCCAUUGCACGUGCAAAAGCCAUCGAUGCUGAGUUCGCUCAGCACAAAGCUCCUGUCGGUGUGCUGCAUGGCAUCCCGAUCGCAAUCAAAGAUACCUAUGAAGUCAAAGACAAGCGAAUGACCGCUGGCAUUGUGGCGUGGUACGACAGGCCUCCUCAACAGGAGGAUGCCACAUUGGUUCGGGUGAUGAAAGACGCUGGUGCCAUCGUUUUUGCCAGGACUACCAUGCCUCAAACUGGUAUGGCCGUCGAGACAGUGGGUCCGUUGUUCGGCCGCACUCUGAGCCCUUUCAACAUUGAAUUUGGGGCGGGUGGCUCUUCUGGAGGAGAUGGCGUCCUCGUCGCCAUGCAUGGAGCUCCAUGUGCACCCAUAUCCACCGAUGUUGGGGGGAGUAUCAGACUCCCUGCGGCCUUCAACGGCCUAUACGGAAUGCGUCCAACCGCGGAACGAUGUCCAGGUAUGGGCAUGGCAUCAACAAGAAUGGGCAUGAUCUCUAUCAAAUCGACCUGUGGUCCAUGUGCACAGAGUAUGAGUGACUUGAAACUGGCGACGAAACUGGUCUUGACCCACCCGACAGUGCCCAACGAACCGACCUGUAUCCCAGGGUACUGGCAUGAGGGAGCACAGAAGUCGAAGCUCAAAGUCGGGAUUUUCAUGACGGACCAGGUUGUCGAGCCACAUUCCCCGAUUUCACGCGCCUUGAAUGAGACGGCACGAAAGCUCCGCGCCGCCGGUCACGAAGUCGUUGAAUUCCAACCUCCAAUAGACUCCUGGGAAGCUGCAAAAACUACACUGGGGCUUUUCUUCCAGAUAGGCGUAGAAGAGAUCUUCGAUGUUCUCAGUCAGUCUGGAGAGCCACCAAUCCCGCAAUUUGCAAAUGUCCUGAAAACUUUCGAUGUCCGGGAGCACUCAGUAGCAGAAGUUUUCCAACUGCACAGGGAGCAGCUGGCCUACAAAUCUGCAUUGGUCAAGGCUUGGGAUUGCACGGCGCGAGAAACCCCUUUGGGGGAGCCGAUUGACUGCAUCAUAUGCCCAACUGCGCCAAUGGCUUGCCUUCCUCAUGACUUUACGCCUUGGUGGGGAUACACAAUGUUUUGGAACCUCGUCGACUAUCCUGCGCUCGUGUUGCCCUUAAAAGAUUUUAGAAUCGACCCAACCAAGGACACAAAGCCAGAGGAUUACUGCCCACGAGAAACAAAUCCGUUUGAUCGGCCCAAUUGGGAGAUAUACGAUGCCGACCGCUGGAAAACACAGCCGGUGACCAUCCAAAUUGUUGGCAGACACUGCAAAGACGAAGAUCUCAUAGCAGCUGCUGAAGUCAUCGACAGCGUGGUUCAGUGA